AUGGAAGACUUCCCCAAUGUCUUCGAAUACUCACGCCCCGUUGACCCAAGCGGAUUUCAACCUCAGCCUCCCGAAUACUUUGGGACACUACCUUUCCGCGUUGCCAGAUUCCAAAACGAAGCAGUAAAAGCCACGGACGACUUCCUUGCUGAAUGGAUACAGGCACUUGGACCUGAUGGGAAGAACCUGGUUUUUCAUGGGAGCCCCACUCCUUUAGGUCAUUUUGUUUCCUGGGCUUAUCCUGAAACUCUCCCUCAGCGGGUGGUACUUUGUACCCGGAUCUGCGAUUUCGGAUUCUACUGGGACGAUGUCACCGAUGCUCUGAGUGCGGAAAAGAAUGCCGAGAUUACUCAGGACCUUGCUCUCGCUAUGCUUUCUGAGCUAAAGCUAGGUAAACGCCUAGAACCUAAACUGGAGAUCAACAAACUAGUCGUCCAAAUGCUGCGUGAAGUAUUAGACAUGGACCGUGAAGCAGGGCUCGAAAUGAUCCGAUUCUGGAAAGGGCAUUUGGAUGGCCAAGCCAAGAGUACGCACAACGACAUGUCGUUUGAUCAAUACAAAAAGCACAGACUGUCUGAAGUGGGUGCAAGAUGGGCUGCCGAAGUCGGAUGUUGGUCCUUGGGGAUUCACAUUUCCCCGCAAGAGAAGCAAUCUGUCCACCACUUCCUCGACAAGGGCCUAUUAGCCGCUGCAUUGAUGAAUGACUUUUAUAGCUUCAAUAAAGAGUUUGACGAACACAGUCGAGCCGGUUCUGUGGACAGACUGCAGAAUGCAUUGAGCAUCUUGAUGCGAGAAUACGGCUACACCGAGAAAGAAGCUCGAGAGAUCCUCAAACAGGAAAUCAGAAAAGGAGAACGAGAAAUCAUGGACGGCUACGUUUCCUGGGAAAAGGACAGCAUAGAGCCCAAAUCCAGUGAACUCCGCAAGUACAUUGUCAUGAUCAUUAACAUGAUUGGCGGUAUUACCUUCUGGAGCUCUCAUGCCUCACGAUAUCAUCGGGACAAUCUGUCUACCAAUGAAGCGGAUCGGGCGAAAAUUGUAGGCAAGUCCCAUCGGGACAUCCUCCGAGUUCUCAAAGACUAUCCUCCCCCUAAAGUGAAGGAGAGCACUCAAGACACAACAGCGAGGAAGAAGCGGAAGCUGGAUGGAUUUUCCGAAUCGAAAUUGACAAAUGGGGUCAGCCACACAAAUGGGGUCAACCAGACAAAUGGAGUCAAAGAUCAUUAUUCAAUGGCUGUUUUCACUGCUCCAUUCUUGAAGGCACCCAGUCAUGCCUGCGAGUCACCAUACGAAUAUAUCAAUUCCCUCCGGGGCAAAAACAUGCGGAACAAGUUCAUCGACGCCCUGAACUCGUGGCUGCAGGUUCCCUCCGCCUCUCUGGAGAUUAUAAAAGACAUUGUCCAAAUGCUGCAUAACUCGUCUCUGAUGCUAGAUGACAUUGAAGACGAAUCAUCUCUUCGACGAGGCCAACUGGCCACACAUAUAUUUUAUGGUCAGAGCCAGACCAUUAACAGUGCUAACUACGUCUACGUCAAGUCAGUGGCACAGCUCCUGCGACUGCAGAAUGAAAAAAGUCGGGACAUUUUCAUUGAUGAAUUGAGCAAUUUACACCUCGGACAGGGCCUCGAUCUGUAUUGGCGUUUUCAUGGUCGAUGUCCAACUGUGGACGAAUAUAUUGUGAUGAUCGACAAUAAAACUGGAGGCUUGUUUCGAUUGAUGCUUCGACUUAUGGAUGCGGAGGCUUCGGUUUCCUCAACUGCUUCUCUGGCAAAGCUUUUGACCCUAACAGGUAGAUAUUACCAGAUACGGGAUGAUUAUAAAAAUCUCACUUCUCAAGAGUAUACAGCCCAAAAAGGUUUCUGCGAGGACCUCUCGGAGGGCAAGUUUUCUCUCCUUUUGAUUCAUCUAUUAAAUCAUACACCCUAUCCAGAGCGUGUGACCACAGCAUUAUUCCAUCGUCAGCCGGGGUCAACGACAGAUCUUUGCCCCAAAUUGAAACAAUACGUCCUCGAUGCAAUGGAAUCAGCAGGAACAUUUGAGUAUGUUGCCAGUGUUUUGGAAUUUCUCCAUAAGGAUAUCAUGAGGACGUUGGACAUGGUAGAGUCUGAGCUAGGCUUAAAUACUGCUGCGAGAGUGCUACUGAUUGGAUUGGGUCUCUGA